AUGUCCGCUACACCUAAGAAGCCGCUAUCCGCGGCGCAUGGCCGGGCUUCCUCGACCGAGAACACACCUCCGUCGAGGCAGACCCGAGCGUCUACACCGACUUCUUCUACAAAUGGUGCAGGAACCGCCAACAGCCCACAGAGGACACGAUCUAGCCGAGGCGGUACUCCAAUGUCAGCGCGAGCCGCUGCUACGCAUAGGACAACCUCAUCGCUAAGUAUCUCUAGCACAGUUGGGGAUGCUGAGGCUCGCGCCGAGACGGUUGCUCUGAUCGAAGACCUAAAAGAGCGGUUACAGAAGGCAGAUAAUGCUUCCGAGCAGCAUAAGAAACAAGCAGAGGUUUUGCAGACAAGACUCGAUGAUGCCCUUAAAGAGCAAGCCAAACUAGAAGAAAAGGUGCACGAGAGCGAGGAACAGAUCGAAGCGCUUAGAAAUGAGAAACGGGAAGCCGCGAGACAGAUGCGCGAGAUGGAAGCAAUCUAUGAGGCCGAGCGGAGCUCCAUGAUGAAAGAGAAGGAAGAGAUGGCGAACCGUGAGGAGGAGAUGCAAGCUGUGAUCAAUAGGCUAAAGGAGACGCUCAACCAAAAGAACGCAGAGGACGAAAACCGCCCAACAAGGCAAUCGAGUAAUCCAUCUCCUAGUGUAGAGAAUGGGAACUUCGCUCCACCUUCUUCGAUUCAGCGUAGCGAUUCCAGGAAUAAUUCUAAGCUGCUACUUCAGAAGGAUAAGUUGAUUGAAUCUCUACGUCUUGAACUCGCAGAGGCUCAGAUUAAGCUUGUUGAGUCCGAGAAUCAAGGUGGCGGGCGCCUGCACGAAGUCGAACGCCUGCUCAUGGAGGCCCGCAUGGCCAACGCACGGCUGAUGGAAGAUAACGAGUCGUAUCAGCUGCUCCUCCAGGAGAAGACACUCCACGGCGAGUUUGGCAAGGGUGAUUUUGGCUACAUGAACGUUUCCGCCAACCAAGACGCACUCAAUGCUCUUGAAGGUCGAUCCAACGCCGGCGACAAUCCACCGACUCCAGGGGCUAGUUUGGCUGAUGAACUGGGUGCCCUCGGCGGGGAUGAGAAGGCUGUUGAUGAGGAAACUCUGCGCCGUCUUGAGACUGAGCUCCGUGCUGCUAAGGACCAGAACAAGGCCCUUACGUUGUAUAUUAACAAGAUCAUCGAGCGGCUCCUCCAGCACCAAGAGUUCGAACACAUCCUCGACCAGUCCUCCGACUUCAAGCCAGGUGCCAAUCUACACAAGGACCUCCCACCGCCCCCAACAGAUUCUCAGGGAGCUUCAUUCCUAUCGCGCGCGAAGUCUAUCGCCACCGGUGGUCCCGCGCCUCGACCAAAGCCUCGACCCAUGACUAUGUCCGCGGCGCACCAAGCCCAUGCAGUCUCUGCGCACACCAACCCGGAGACGGCUCCUAGCAUUCCCCUCACCGGACUCGGGCGCUCGCAGAGCACAGCGCGGCGCCUCGGAAGGCCCAUGAGCGAGCAACUGACGGGGGCAGCCGGCAUCGUGAACGCCAUGUACAAGGGGCCUGACGGCCCACUAUCUCCGACUUUAAGCACGACAUCGUCAUCCGCACGACAUUCCCAGACAUUCUUCUCCCCUGGAGGCCGCUCGCAUUCGGGCGCCAAUGGCAGCUCGGGUAACUUCCCGGGCAUGCGCAGCGAAACCAGUAGUGUAAGCGGGGACUCAGCCGCGGACGGGACAACAGCCACCUCGGCCAGCCAGAGCCCGCCUAGGACUAUAAGCAGUAUAGCCGAGAAAAGCACCACGCUCGCGGGUAACAAGCCGAGACCGUUGAGGCUGGUUCAAGAAAACAACGAGAAGGAGCGCGCGGAGAACAAGCGCGCGAGUUGGAUCGGCUGGGCGAGUAGCGCGUGGGCGAAGAAAGACGAACAUGAAAGCGUGCGGUAG